AGGCCCCGGUGGCUUCCGGUCUUCACCGGAAGUCUUUGAGCUGCAGCAGCGCGCGCGUGUGGGCUGCUGGUGGUAACGGUUUCUUUCCGGUCUCUCUCUCCGUCUGUUGGCUGAGGCUCGCUCGCGGCCAUGGCGUAUCGCGGGCAGGGCCAGAAGGUGCAGAAGGUGAUGGUGCAGCCCAUCAACCUCAUCUUCAGGUACCUGCAGAAUAGGUCCAGGAUUCAGGUGUGGCUCUAUGAACAGGUGAACAUGCGGAUAGAAGGCUGUAUCAUUGGUUUUGAUGAAUACAUGAACCUGGUUCUGGAUGAUGCAGAGGAGAUACACUCAAAAACAAAAGCAAGGAAACAGCUGGGUCGGAUCAUGUUAAAGGGGGACAAUAUUACUCUUCUACAAAGUGUUUCUAACUAGACUUGUCAUUCAGAGGGUGGAAUGCACUAAAGAGUGUUCUGAACUAGAAUUUUCAGUCAAUAUGUGGGGCGGACUAAACAUUAUUAUAAACAAGAGUCACUGUGCUGGGAAAGUGGAUGGUGUUUUGAAAAUAAAAAAACUCCAAAUGAGCUUGAUUUGAAAAGAGUAAAAACAGUAACUUAGCUGAUAUCUUUCCUUACCUUUGAUAGUAAGAUUUUUUACAUUAGAGUAUCAAUUAACGUCGGAGUUAAAUACAAUUUUUAUGUUAACUGUGAACUUAAAUUUAUUUGAUCUCAUGCGUACAUACCUCCCUCACUGUUUUUGUUGGGGGGAAAUAUGUAAUCUGAAAUAAACCUUUUUUUCUUAAAA